GCAAGUAGGAGUGGUAACAAUGAACAGAGUGGGAGCUCUGGUGUCUUUGUGGUGCUAUGAAGACUCCUGGCUCAGGACCUUUGCUAAGUAUCUGCUGAAGUUCCUAGGAUAUGUCUCCUGCUGCUCUGCUGCAGCUCUGGCCUUCGGUGGAGUUUCUGUGUCGGUGAUGUAUAGGAACUACAGAUACUUAUUUCAGAAGACCUUCUUGUGUCUCCCUGGCUGGUUGACCAUAGGAGCUGCAAUUAUCUUACUACCUACUGGACUUUUGGCUAUCUCUAUAUCUGCUAAGACCUCACGCUACAAACAAGGGCUUCUCAUGUAUUUGCUGUUGGUUCUUCUUUGCUUAGAAAUGUCCUCAGCAGUUCUGGCACAGUUAUACUCUCUUCAGGCACCCUCUGAACUGAAAAGCACUAUGGGUUACCUUAUCUAUCAAUACAACAGGAGUCCUUCCAAGGAUCCUGGUGUCAGAGUUGUGGAUAUGGUACAAAGGAGACUGCAGUGUUGUGGAGUCCAAAACUACACAGACUGGCUGAAGACAACAGUUCCUUCUUGGUAUAUUCUAGCUGGAAGUGCACAUGUGCCUGAAAGCUGCUGUAAGGAGACAUAUUCUGACUGCAUGGGUGACUUGAGUCAUUUGGAUCAGAUUUUUCAAGAAGGCUGUCUAAAGAAGCUGGAAGACUGGAUUCAGUUUCUCAUGCUUUAUGUUUUUUGGUACUGUGUGGUGCUCAGCAUCUUAGGGCUGCUGAUUUUUGCCAUCAAUGGCCUCCUCAUGAGACAGCAACCUCUCCCCGAUCUCAGAUUUCUGGAGUCAUCUUCAUACACCUUCACGGAGGCCUUCAGAUAUCACUAGCACUACUAAACCUGCUGAAUUAUUCCUUUGAUUUUUUACCACUCUGCAGUUACACUAGAAGAAAAAUGAAUAUAUAUAUAUAUACACAUGCAUGUGAAUAUAAACAAUUGUUCCAUUUUGGUGUUUUUUGUGUUUUUGGUGUUUGUUUUUUUUUUUUUUUUAAUGUUACAAUAUUGGAUCUGUUUUCCUAGAUAAGCAUCCUGUGUUUGAAAAACUUUAUUGCUGUAAUCCACAGCAGGGAGUGAAUGGUCUUCAGUAUGUGCAACUCUGAAUAUAUUUUAUGUGAAUGUGGGGGGAAAGCACUUGGUGGAGGUAUGUCUGGCUCAGGGCAGCAUGUUGUGAGGUUAUUACUCCAACUUUUGGAAUUCAUCAUAACUGCAGUAGAAUCUUGAAUAGUAAUUAAAGACAAAUUCCUUUUCUUUAAAACCUGCAUUUAAUGCUUUGAUAUUUCUGAAUUAAGUCCUACGGAUAAAGAUUAACACUUCUGUGGUUGGUUUGUUGUUUGGUUGUUUGCUUUUUUUCCUCCUUCAAACAUUGGUUUAAAAACUUAUCCUUCAAUGAAAAUGUCAUUUACUGGAAACACAUAAGGAAGCAAUCUAAACGAAGAAAGUACAUUUAACAGCAGUGGCAUAAGAGUACAUAGAGCAGGAGGCAUUGCUAUCUCAGGAGUAGCAUGGGAGCAAUUCCCAAACUGAAGAGGAAGAAGAAAGUCAGUAUGAAUGUGCCAGUUUAUUUUAUGUCAAAGCACAGAAUCAGUCAUUUUUCCUGAAAAGUUACACAAGGUCAUAUGUGUGCUUCAGUAACAACAGCAAUAUGCUGUUUUUCCUUAGGGUGUGUGUUUCAUACCCAUUUUUUCUGUUAAGUCUGAUCCUAGUGCAUAUAUGCUGAAAGGACUCUGCUGCAAAGUCAGUA